AUGAAAUUUUCUACAUUAUUUGCUUCAUCUUUGGUUUUAGGUACAGUUAUUGCAGACUUACCAUCAGCAUAUGUAGAAACUACACCAUAUUCAGUCUUCACCACCUCUAUGUUAGCUAAUGGCAAUUCAAUGAUCGGUGUCAUUGAGUAUUACCGUUCUGUUACAUAUAUUAGCAAUUGUGAUUCUACAAGUAAAACAGAAGGUGUAGUAACUGUCACUUUAGCCUAA